GGUUUCCAUGGUGAUGGAGCUGAAAGUGCAGGAAAUUUAAAGGCUUUGGAUCCUUGCAAAGCAGACAAACUGGUGCCAACGAGCGUGGCGGCUGCUGCUGAGGAGGAGCAGGCUGCUUUGCAAGCUGCGGCGGGGAGCCUACGGGAAGGAACUGGGGGGACGAAUUUGCACACACACCAGAAGACCACCCCAACCCGUCUCCCGCGCGCACGCUCUGGGAAGGGGGAGCAGCAGCGGGAAGGAGCAUUUGCCCCCCGAAAAGCGGCGCUCUGCCUCCCUGGGAAGGAAAAGCAGCGGGAGAGUUUCGCAAAGGCUCUUCCCGGAGGAGAAUUCGCUGGAGAGAGGAGUUGCAGAAGGAAGGGGGCUUUGCUCCUGGCUGCUUGGGGCGCAGCCUUUGGGGGCGGCCGGGGGCGGAUUCCCCCGAAAGACAAACUGCUUGGAUAAAGCCCCGUACAGGGUUUUGUUUUUGUUUUUGUUUUUCUGAUGCAUUUGCUUGCACCUUCUUCCUCUGGUGCCUGGUGAAGCCAGCCCCCCUCCCGCCCUGGCCCCCCCUCCCUCGCCGAUCUCCCCGAGGAUGGAUCAUUCCCAGUGCCUUGUGACUAUUUACGCCUGGGUGGUUCUGCUGGGUCUCCGGAUAGAGCAGGGCGCUAGCCAGCAUUAUCUGCACAUCCGCCCGGCGCCCAGCGACAACUUGCCCUUGGUGGAUCUAAUCGAGCACCCGGACCCUAUCUUUGACCCCAAGGAGAAGGAUCUUAACGAGACCUUGCUGCGGAGCCUCAUGGGCGGACACUUCGACCCUAACUUUAUGGCUGUCUCCUUGCCCGAGGACCGGCUGGGGGUGGACGAUCUGGGCGAGCUGGACUUGCUGCUCCGGCAGAGACCCUCGGGGGCGAUGCCCAGCGACAUCAAAGGGCUGGAGUUUUACGAGGGGCUGCAGCCGGGCAAAAAGCACAGGCUGAGCAAAAAGCUGCGCAGGAAGCUGCAGAUGUGGCUCUGGUCCCAGAGCUUCUGCCCAGUCCUAUACACGUGGACCGAUCUUGGCAGCCGCUUUUGGCCCCGCUAUGUCAAAGUGGGCAGCUGCUACAGUAAAAGGUCUUGUUCGGUCCCAGAAGGCAUGGUUUGCAAGCCUGCCAAGUCGGUGCAUUUAACGAUCCUGAGGUGGAGGUGCCAGCGCCGGGGGGGGCAGAGGUGCACAUGGAUACCCAUUCAGUACCCCAUCAUUUCGGAGUGCAAAUGCUCCUGCUAGGACUUGCACUUAAGCCCUCCCGCCCCCCGAAGCCGGACUCCCAGGGUGGACUUUGCUGCCCCAUCCCUCCGUUAAAAAAGACAAUUGCUUUCUGGUUAACGUUGUAAUGCACUGUAACGUGUAGGAGAAUGUAUAUGUGUGUGUAUAUAUGGCACCGUUUUAAUUUACUAUUAAAAGGUCAGUAUUAUACGUGAAAUAAUCCGCGUCUACUGUAUUUUUAAGACUAUUAUCCUGGUCGUUGCUAAUGUAUCUUUUUAUUUCUUGUAUUUAUAUGCCAGACACAGAGCGAGAGCGAAGCCCCCCCUCUUUUUUUUUUAAUAAAAGGAUUAAAAAACAAACCAAACUUUUGAUGAGACGACGUUUUAAAGCUGUUUUCCAUUCUUCGGAAAGUGUGUGUGUGUGUGUGUGUUUAAUGGACUUCAGAGUUGAACAAUGAAUAAACGCCUAGAGCACAACGUUGUUGUAAAUACAGAGGACAAAUUUGGAUGCCUUAAGCCUAUGUCAAUGAAGAGUAUCUGCUAUUUAUUCUUUAUAUC